CGGGAUUUCGAGCUCUUCUCUCGCGAGAUCUUCGCUGUAUUGUAGCAGGCUGAGGUCGGCACUAAGGGGGCAAUAGGGGCUGUUCUGUUGCUGUUUCGCCGCAAGUCUGGGUGUGUUCCAGACUAGCAAAGACAUACAGGAAAAUGGAGUAUAUGACAGAAUCCACCGACCGCACCCCUGGACACAUCUUGUGCUGUGAGUGUGGUGUCCCAAUUAGUCCAAAUCCUGCCAAUAUUUGUGUGGCCUGUUUGCGAAGUAAAGUAGACAUCAGCCAAGGCAUUCCGAAACAGGUCUCUGUAUCUUUCUGCAAGCAAUGUCAAAGAUAUUUCCAGCCACCUGGAACUUGGAUACAGUGUGCAUUAGAAUCCAGGGAGCUUCUUGCUUUGUGUUUGAAAAAAAUCAAAGCUCCUCUGAGUAAGGUACGGCUUGUAGAUGCAGGUUUUGUUUGGACUGAGCCCCAUUCUAAGAGACUUAAAGUUAAACUGACUAUUCAGAAAGAGGUGAUGAAUGGUGCUAUCCUUCAGCAAGUGUUUGUGGUGGAUUAUGUUGUUCAGCCUCAGAUGUGUGGAGAUUGCCACAGAGUAGAAGCUAAGGAUUUCUGGAAGGCUGUGGUUCAAGUGAGGCAAAAGACUUUGCACAAAAAAACUUUCUACUAUCUGGAACAGUUGAUUUUAAAAUAUGGAAUGCAUCAGAAUACACUUCGUAUCAAAGAGAUUCAUGAUGGUCUGGAUUUCUAUUAUUCCUCAAAACAGCAUGCUCAGAAAAUGGUAGAAUUUCUUCAGUGUACAGUUCCCUGUAGACACAAAGCCUCACAGAGAUUGAUCUCUCAGGAUAUCCAUAGUAACACAUACAAUUACAAAAGCACUUUUUCUGUGGAAAUUGUUCCAAUAUGCAAGGAUAAUGUUGUUUGUCUGUCUCCAAAACUGGCACAAAGCCUGGGAAAUAUGAACCAGAUUUGUGUGUGUAUUCGAGUGACCAGUGCCAUUCAUCUCAUAGAUCCAAAUACCCUACAAGUUGCGGAUAUUGAUGGAAGCACUUUCUGGAGUCACCCUUUCAAUAGUUUAUGCCAUCCCAAACAGCUAGAGGAGUUUAUUGUGAUGGAAUGCAGCAUAGUCCGAGAUCCAAAACGCAAUGCAGGUGCUGGAAUGAUAUCAAAAAAGCAUACCCUUGGGGAAGUCUGGGUACAGAAAACUUCUGAAAUGAAUACAGAUAAACAGUAUUUUUGUCGUACUCAUUUGGGACAUCUUCUAAAUCCUGGAGACCUGGUGUUGGGGUUUGAUUUGGCCAACUGUAACUUAAAUGAUGAGUAUGUCAACAAAAUGAACUCCGAUAGAGUCCCAGAUGUGGUAUUAAUCAAGAAGAAUUAUGACCGUACCAAACGUCAGCGUCGUAGAAACUGGAAACUGAAAGAGCUUGCAAGAGAUAAAGAAAACAUGGAUACAGAUGAUGAAAGGCAAUACCAAGAUUUCCUUGAAGAUCUUGAAGAAGAUGAGGCAAUUAGGAAAAAUGUAAACAUUUAUAGAGAUUCAACCAUUCCUGUGGAAAGUGACACAGAUGAUGAAGGAGCCCCUCGAAUUAGUCUGGCUGAGAUGCUUGAAGACCUCCACAUUUCUCAAGAUGCUCCUGGUGAAGAAGCUGAAUCGAUGAUGACACAGUGAGAUUGUGUUGUAGAUGAUUUCCAUGUCUGUAGACUCAGGAUGUUGGAUGAAAUAACUUUCAUUGUCUAUUCCGCCUAUGCUUCCAUAUUGAGAAAGGAGAAAUUUAGUUUUAAACUUGAAUAAAUGGGACUAUUUUGAUUGCUCAUUCAAAGCACUGAACGAGAUUGAUAGCUUUGAAGUUUUUGGAUAAAAGAUUAUGAAGAAUGUAAUUAUUAAUGAUAUUUAGGCCAUUUUAUGUGUGGAAUUUUUUAAGUUUGCCUUUUUAGGAUACCCUAGUAUUUUUGCAUACUGUAGCGCCAGAUUUGAAAUCUCAAAAGUUGUGAUGCCUUGGAGGUUACCUAAAUCUUCAAGUAUGAAACAAGCUUUUACAUUUCUUUUUGCAUUGAUGGCUUUAGUAAAAGAGCAUAUGAAGAAUCAUUUUUAUAUGAACUUGUUAAUGCACUUUGAUCCACUUUAGAUCAUUUUUAUGUCAUUGGGAUAGGUAAGUUGGGGUUCAGUUUAUUACUGGACAUUCAGGGAGAAGUUAAUCUAUUUUAUUCAUAAUAUUAACAUCUUCAAAAGCUUAAAUUGGGGUUAUCUUAAUUUUUAUUGCAGAAGAAAAUAUAUUUAAAGUAUUUGUGGAUUUGUAGCAAACAUAGAUUAUUUAAGGGUUAACUAACAAUUUGUACUUUUGUUAUUUUUGCUCAUGCCAGCAGCUUAGACCAGUAGCUUGCUUGUGUCAUAAAAAUGUCUUCCUAUCACUUCAAGCAUUUUUGCUUUUGAAAUUUUGGUUUACAAUUUGAGAAGGAAUUUUCUUUAUAUAAGUUUCUGUCAUUGAAUAUAUCACCAUCAAAAAGAAUAUUAAGAUCUAGCACAUAGAUGAUGAAAUAAUAAAAAUGAUCUUUAUGCUUUAUAAAACCAUAUGUCAGACUUGAAAAAGGAAUGCCUUCUACAUCCUUGAAUGAAAAGCAUUGGCUUGGGCGCCUGGGUGGCUCAGUUGGUUAAGCGACUGCCUUCGGCUCAGGUCAUGAUCCUGGAGUCCCUGGA